UUCGAUAUUUUUCAAAAUUCAACAGUUAUGCUAGUGAGUAACGUAAGGUAUAUUUCAAAGUCCAAUGGCUAUAACUCGAUAUUUUAAAUUUCAGUGAACAAUCAAGACAUGGAUCUAAGUUCAGUGACCAAAAAUCGACAUUUUAAAUUUCAGUGACCAAUUAUAUGGACAAAAGAUAUGGACAUAAGUUCAGUGACCAUUGGAACAAUUAACUCAAAAUUUCCACAUAAAUGAGUACUAAUACUUUGUUAUCAUUUCUUUGGUCUUGUGCCUCUAUGCUAUUGAUGCUUGCCAUGUCUAAAGGGCUUGUAACAUGUGUUGUGACAUCGAUGUCGUCCCUGAGGCAGUAGUCAAUGUGAACACGACAAGGGCACCAAUGAGAAGGACGGAAUGGAGUCGACAAGGUGAUGUCAAUGGUGUCCCUGAGGCCAUACUAAAUGUGAACACAACAAGGUUGCCAUUGAGCAGGAUGGAAGGGAAUCGACAGGGUGAUAUCAAUGUUGUCCCUGAGGUGAUGGUAAAUGUGGACACGACAAGGGCACUAGUGAGGGAGGAAAAGACUUCGCACCUGGAUGGAGAUAUAAAUGUUUUAGUUCGGAGGAAAAAGUUGACAUCACCAGAGAGGUCUCCACAGAGAAAGACAACCAUCGAUAAUAUAAUAUUGGAAGGAUCCAAGGCCGAUGCAUCCUAGAUCAGAACACUGAAUUCAACUCAGAUGGAAGUACUUGAUAGAGAGAGAACUGAUUCAAAUUUUCACCAUCGUCACUUACAGCAGCAGCUGCUUACAGGGCUCGUGGAAUGUGAUAAUCAGCUCGCUCUAAACAUGGACAGAUACAAUCAUAUGUUUCUGUUCGUGUUUUCUUUACUUCUAGUUUCUUUUAUUCGUGUGCUGCUAUGUACUACGUACUGAUCGUAUGAAUUAUGUUGUUGAUAUUUCUGUAUAUUCUGUAUUUAUUGUAAUCUUAUCUUACAAAGUGUUAUCGCUUCCCUAGCUAGGACUCUUGUCUGUUUGGUAGACUAUACUCAGUGAAGUGUAAAAUUUUAUAAUAAUGAAUUAAAGUUCAUUUUCGUCUCCCCAA